AUGAUCCCCCCCCCAUCCUCCCUCAACUCGAGUACUGAUUAUGUGUCUCUUGUUCCUUUGUCAGAAAUUCACAGUGAAAUUAUGACAGUGAGUGAAGUGUCGGUCCAGGCCGGACGCUCCAUCUCUAUCCCAUGUCUCUAUGAUCCACGCUACACAAACCAUGUGAAAUAUCUGUGUAAAGGCGGAACCUGGAACUUGUGCAAACUUGUAGUAACAACAGACCAAGAAAGUUCAGGAAAGUAUUCAAUCUCUGAUGACAAAAACAGAAGAAUCUUCACCGUGACUAUAAAUGAUCUGACGAGUGGGGACACUGGCCUGUGGUGGUGUGUUGUGGAGAUUAAUGGAGGGUCAGACGAGAAAGCAUAUUUUCAUCUGUCAGUCACUAAAGAUAUGCCAAGUCUGUCUGUGGAGCAACAGGAAAUUGUUGCAUUUGAAGGAGGAAGUGUGACUGUUAUAUGCCGCUAUACAAAUGACAGAGUAACAGAAUGGUGCAGGCUGAACAACACCUGUGUGACUGCGAAAGAUCAGACUGGAACAAUAGAUGGUACAACAGUGACUAUCAAUCAAAGUGUCCCCAAUGUUUUCAUUGUGACUAUGAGUGAAUUGAAGGCAGACAGCAUGAACUGGUAUCUUUGCAAAAGCCAAAACCUCCAGAUACCAGUACACAUAAGUGUUCAUAAAUUAACCUCAGCUACUACAACUACAGCAGAGACACUUCCAACCACUCCCCAGCAUUCGUCCUUGCUUACGAGUGCAGAGACACAUACAGCUCAGCCAACAAACCCAACCAUUAACGGGACAGGUGGAGACAGCCUGCAAGCUGAACACAAGAUUUCCACAAGGACGAUGAUUCUCAUCACCUCCCUCACUCUUUCCCUCAUCGUGCUCUUUCUUGUUCCUGCUGCCUUUUUU